AUGUCGUCGAUUACCUCCCCCGCCAUCCCUCCGGUGGCUCUGGACAGGAUCACCCAGCACAUCGGCAACACUCCCUUAGUGCGCCUGAACAGACUGCCCCAGAGCUUGGGGAUCGAGGCGACGGUGUUUGCGAAAUUGGAAUAUUUCAAUGCUGGUGGAAGUGUUAAGGACAGAAUCGCCCUGCGCAUGAUCGAGGAGGCCGAACGUACGGGUCGUAUCAAGCCCGGCGAUACUUUGAUUGAACCCACCAGUGGAAACACUGGUAUUGGUCUCGCGCUUGUCGCGGCCGUGAAAGGCUAUAAGACAAUCAUCACGCUUCCCGAAAAGAUGUCCGCCGAGAAAGUGGCCGUUUUGCGAGCGCUGAACGCGACUAUCAUUCGUACGCCUAACGAGGCCGCCUAUGACUCGCCUGAAUCUCACAUCGGUGUCGCUAAGCGCCUCGAAAAGGAGCUGCCGAAUGCCCACAUCUUGGACCAAUAUAGCAACGUAAACAACCCGUUGGCUCACGAGUUCGGCACAGCUGAGGAGAUUUGGACCCAGACGAACGGACAAAUCAAGGCGAUCGUCGCCGGCGCCGGAACUGGUGGCACAAUCACCGGGCUGGCUCGGGGUCUCAAGAAGCACAACUCCAAUGUCCAGGUGAUUGGGGCGGAUCCGCAGGGUUCCAUCUUGGCUCUCCCACCUUCUCUCAACGACGAGCAUGUUAACGAGCCCUACAAGGUCGAGGGUAUCGGGUACGAUUUCAUUCCCGAAGUUCUCGACCGCGAGGCUGUCGACAAAUGGUACAAGACAGAAGAUAAGGAAUCUUUUCAACACGCCAGACGUUUGAUCGCCGAGGAGGGUCUUCUUGUUGGUGGAAGCAGUGGAAGCGCUAUUUCGGCCCUUGUGCAGGCUGCCAAAGACAACAACUUUGGGAAGGGUGAUGUGGUCGUUGUGGUUCUGCCCGACAGCAUCAGAAGUUAUCUCACCAAGUUCGCCGACGACGACUGGCUCGCUGCGAAUGGACUUCUGACGUCGCCAUCUCUAAACGCCCCAACCCCAGCGCCGCAGGAACAAAACGAUGAGCUUGCUGAAUCCAAGGUCAACUCUCUGAGGCUGAAGCCGAUCACCACCGUCCGAUCCGAUACACCCUGUGAGAACGCCAUCGAAGUCAUGCGGGACAGAGGUUUUGAUCAACUCCCUGUUCUGGCACCCUCUGGAAAGAAGCUUGUCGGGCUGGUCACUCUUGGAAACGUUCUCAGCCGGUUGACGCAUGGACGGGCCACGGGGAAGAGCCCCGUUGCUGACGUGAUGUUCAACUUCAGCAAUAUCCCAGAAGUUGUUACUGACCCCAGAGAUAUGGGAUUGGCCAGCUCCGGCGGCAAUGGAUCCGGUGCAGCUCGAAGCUCGAAGGUCCGCGACCGCAAGUUUGUGGAGAUCACGAUGGACACCCCAUUGAGCGUUCUCAAUCGAUUCUUCGAAUGGAACAGCGCAGCUAUUGUCACCGAGCAAGAUGAACAGGGCGCGAUGAAGCCAGUUGCAGUUGUCACGAAGGUUGAUCUGCUCAGCUGGAUGCUCCACCACAAUAAGCAUGCCUCCUGA